AUGCCUGAGAGCUGGGGCAGUCAAUCACCAGGUUUUAGCCCAGGAUAUCCUGACGACUUCUACGAGGACGACGCGUAUUCAACCGAGGAUGAAAACAGUCAAAUGAGCCGCGGUACAGGAUCACCGUAUGGUGAUGCAGGAGACGAGAGCAAACUUGUUCGGAGUGCUAGCUUGGGCAAGAUGUCGAAGCCUUCAAUCGUGAUGAACCGAGCCCCGAGCAACGGAGACCCGAUGCCGCAGGAUGUACUAAAUGAACAAGAGUCGCCGCGGCGGUCGCCAGUCCCUCCUUUCCAGCUUCCCGUCAGUCCUUUUGACGCUGGUACAGCUUACUAUGAGGCUUCCAGCUCCUCAGGAACGGCCCCUACCACAGCAGCCACCGCCACGACCCCAUCGAUCUCGGCCAACGCUAUGCUAGGCGCUUUUGCCGCUGCCAGUGCAACGGAUCCAGCAGAAUUGAGGAAGGUUACGCCGUCACCCCGACCGUACAACCGCCUUUCGGCCGUUCGACGACCACCCAAACUCGGACUCGACAUGGAUUCAGUCAGGCAAAUGGAAUCCAGGGGUAGCAUGACGAGUCUACCGGAUCUCAUCAAACGAGCAACCCGCCUGGCUGCUUUGAUCGAUCGGGGACGAAGACCUGCCAGUAGAUUCGAGAUGGAUGACGGAACGUGGCCAGACGAGAAGGCAUUUGGGCGAGAGGGGGAGCAGCAGAUGUCUGGCGUGUCUUCUGGUGACAAGCACCAGUCUGGCCUGUCUGACAUGCUCGCCGCAUUCCCGCCACCUGCGGCUACGACACCAAACCCCCCCAACCGUGGAAGCUGGUUCAGACGAGCCUCUCAAGCCUCGUGGCCACUGGCACCGGGCAGUAGGGGCAGCACGCCUCAGCCUGUGACUAGAGCGAUGGCGGCAAGAGGAUCUCCGUUGGCCAGACUGGAAUCCAACGACGGCGAGUCUUCGACUAGGCGCCGUAGAAAGUGUUGCGGACUGCCACUGUGGGCAUUCAUUCUCAUCGUCUUUCUCAUUUUGGGAAUCAUUGCCGCCGCUAUCAUUGUCCCCCUCGAAUUCUUCGUAUUCCGCAAAAACCGAUCUGCUACUCCUCCAGCAGCGGAGCCGGCUCUGACCCAGUGCCAGAAUCAGCUCAAGUGCGAGAACGGCGGAACCAACGUCGUGUCACAAAACACGAACUUCACAGUUCCUCUGGACGGUACCGAUAUUCUCGCGAAGUUCAACACGGAAAGUCUAUCAUGCAUUGCGCAGAAUUCGCUCGUGACAUUUGACGGACGUUCCACUCGCACUGGAACUGUCAUUUCAGACACGGAUCUCAAUGCCAAGGGCGCGAUUCCUGUUCAGGUCAUCACUAUCCUCCCAGGGCAAGCGGCAACUAUCACGAUUGACAUCAACGCACCAGGAGGUGUGAUCCUCCCCUCGCCAGAUAUUGUUGGUGGAUUCACAACACUCACAGGGCCGUUCCGUGUCACAACCAUUCAUGCUUCCAGCUCCACCAUGUGGGCUACUAUUCCAAUGGUGCCCUCACCAACACCAACACCCGAGACGACUUCCUCAGUAGCACCGCCGGCAACUACGGUACCGCCUACGACCGUGCCAACGACAACCACGUCAGAGACCCCUCUGGUCCCCUCGGUACCAGUGUCGUCUGCGCCAGCACCAAGCCCAACCUUCACAGUCACUGAGGAGACUUUGGACUUUGCCCGCGUCUCAAUUCUUCUCAUUCUCGAGAGGCAAACUUUGAUGGCGGCGACAACGGCACAGACGGUUUUGCAGCGUUUCUUCACAACUGCGGACCAAGGCACUCGACAGCAGAGCGGCGGGGUCACGCCUGCCCAGGCAUUGAACGUGACACUCGGCGGAGGCAACUCAGUGGACCUGGUCAAUUUCCUCAUCACCAUCCCUGGAGGCAUCCAGGUUGGCCGCAAGAGCAGCUGA